CUUUUCAUUAAAGACGCCCAUCCUCAAAUGUGGUCGCUAUCGGACAACGGGACUACUGUCCGAUAUUCGUGAAGGUUACACAAUCAGUGAAUCAGAUUUUAGGUCAGCGGUUUUCCAAAAUCAAGAUGGCGGCCAGAUUACGAAGUUCCGCGAGGUUCUUGCGCCAUGUUCGGGGUUUCCAUACAAGCUGCGUCAGGCGCUUCCUGGUACCAAUGGUCAUUGAGUCAACGGGCCGCGGUGAGAGAGCAUAUGAUAUCUUUUCACGUCUUCUGAAAGAAAGGAUUGUCUGUGUCAUGGGACCAGUGACAGAUGAGACAUCAAGUCUAGUGAUAGCCCAAUUGCUGUUUCUCCAGUCAGAGAGUAGUAAACUUCCAAUCCACAUGUAUAUCAAUAGCCCUGGUGGGACAGUUACCUCAGGAUUAGGAAUAUAUGACACCAUGCAGUACAUUCAGCCUCCAAUCUCCACAUGGUGUGUGGGCCAGGCAUGUAGUAUGGGCUCUCUUCUCUUAGCCGCAGGAAGCCCAGGGUUGCGUCACGCCCUACCCCAUUCACGGAUCAUGGUUCACCAGCCCCAUGGAGGAGCAAGUGGUCAAGCGACUGACAUUGCCAUCCAAGCUGAAGAAAUCUUAAAGCUAAAAAGGGUCUUGAAUGGAAUCUAUGUGAAACAUACUGGGAAGGAUAUGGAAACUAUAGAACAAGCUUUGGAAAGAGAUAAAUUUAUGUCCCCAGAGGAGGCAAAAGAAUUUGGAUUGAUUGACCGUGUACUAGCCCAUCCUCCCACCAACGAAGAGCUAAAAAAGACUACUAAAUGAUGUGAUUAAGAGAUCAAGCUCAAUGUAUUUUGCAAUCAUAAAAAUAUUCUUACAUUUUGUACAAAGUACCUUUUUCUAGUUAAUUGGCUAUGGUAUUGUAUGAGGUAAUGGUAUGCUCAACUCUAUCAUUGUACAUGACACUGUGUUGAUGAGAUCAAACCUGAUGUCAUGGAAUCUAUGACAAACUCAGACGUCAAGGUUGCCUAGAGGGUAUUUUACUUCAGAAGUCUAUUAUCAGCCUAUCCUAGAUAGCAUUUAACCCCUGAGAAGGCUAUCAUGAGCUCUCUCAUGUACAGUGUCCAUAAUAUUCCUGGUUCCAUUGUUCCAAUAAAUUUAAGUUAUGGUGCUUCAUAA